AUGUGCCUAUUUCCCCGAGCCUUCUUCCGAGUUUUCAGCUCGGCCUUCCGGGCAGGAGAGCUCCUGUUGGUUGGAGGAGGAGGACAGAGAGUCAGCAGGGGCGUGGCCUCGGCGCAGGGGUGGGCGUGGCUUCAGGCGCCGCGCUCAGCUCCCGCCGCUGGGCCGGCAACAAGCGCGGGUCUGGCGGAGCGCGGUGGCGCGCGGAGAUCGCGAGGCGACCGGGAGCGGCUGGGCCCCCGGCGGCGCGCCCCUCGGUCGGCCCAGGAGCCGCGCCAGUCGGUGCCCCCGGCCGAGCGCGGUCCGCCUCCCUCUCGGUCAUCCGUCCGGAGUGCGGCUGGCGGGCAUGUCCGAGCCACCAGGGGCACCGCCUCCGGCGCUCGCAGGCCGCGGGUGAAGAAGAAAGUGCGGCCUCGCUCGGCCCGGAGCAAAGAGGUGGUCCGCAGCGAAGAGGUGGCCGCGAGCGAAGAGGUGGCCGGGAGCGAGGAAAUGGCGGCAGCCGGGCUCAGCGUGACCGUCACCCACAGCAAUGAGAAGCACGACCUUCAUGUUACCCCACAACAGGGCUGUAGUGAACCAAUUGUCCAAGACCUGGCCCAGGUUGUUGAAGAGGCCACAGGGGUCCCGCUGCCUUUUCAGAAACUCAUAUUUAAGGGAAAAUCUCUGAAAGAAAUGGAGACGCCCUUGUCAGCACUUGGAAUACAGAAUGGCUGCCGGGUUAUGUUAAUUGGGAAAAAGAAUAGUCCGGAGGAAGAGGUAGAACUAAAGAAGUUGAAAGAUUUGGAGAAGUCUGUGGAGAAAAUAGCUGACCACCUGGAAGAGUUGAACAAAGAGCUUACUGGAAUCCAGCAGGGUUUUCUAGCCAAGGAUUUGCAAGCUGCAGCUCUCUGCAGACUGGAUAGGAGAGUAAAAGCCACAAUUGAGCAGUUUAUGAAGAUCUUGGAGGAGAUUGACACACUGAUUCUGCCAGAAAAUUUCAAAGACAGUAGACUAAAAAGGAAGGGCUUGGUGAAAAGGGUUCAGGCGUUCCUCGCCAAGUGUGACACGGUGGAGCAGAACAUCUGCCAGGAGACGGAGCGGCUGCAGUCCACAAACUUGGCCCUGGCCGAGUGAGUUGAGGCCCUGAAGAACAGCACCACCAGCCCUGCCCUCUUGGAAUAGACAUCACCUGAUUUCUCCAGGGCUGCUGGGGACCAUCGGCCGGUUGCCAGUUUUCUUUCUCCUUCACCUGUUCUCAGUGAACGAGCGUUGUCUUGCAGUCUUCAGUGCGGCUCCUGUCUGUCUUCUCUUCUGUCUCUGUGGCCGUGCUGUCCCGCUUUGUCUGGAGAGGGCUCCCCUGCCCAAGUCUUCCCAGCUCUUUUGACCUUUGGGUGCUUUCGUUGGGCUGGUGAGAGCUCUCAGUUGUCCUGGGGUGGUUCCGGGUUGUAGGCUACCCCGGUCUUCAGAUGCUUGAGGCCUUUUUGCCCUUGUGAUCCCACAGUCCCGUAGAUGUAAACCAGAGUCACUGGGCGGUUGCGGCUCGUCAGGAAUGUUGGGAAUGGCCUGGAACAGGUGUUUGGCACACAUGUAGUCCAAGAAUCCCUUGUCGUGACCUAGUUCUGGACAGCUGGCUGGGUUGUUGGUUCACAGACCCUGUCCUCACCUUCCAGGGACCCUGCCCAGCCACAGGCCGUGAGAUCUCGGGCUGUUCCUGCGGUGGGGCCUGUGGUUGAUGCAUGGACUUCCUCGUCCCCAAGCAGAUCUCUAGAAGGUUAGAACCCAGUGUUGUCUGAGUCUCUGCUUGAAACCAGGUCAGCACCGUGGCUCAGGAGGGGUGAGGGGGAGCCAGAAUGAGGAAAGCGGGUGGGGAAGGGAACCAGAACCUCCCAGGCGUUCCUUCAGACGCGUUUCUGUCAGCUGUGCCCUCUUGAGAGCCAUAUUGCCUUCAAGGCCGUUCCUGUGCAUUUUGUGGCCUCCCCUACACCCAUUGUUAUUUAAAAAAAACGAAAACAUUUUAUAUACACAUCAGCAAGCAGAAGAAUGUUUAAACUUUUUUUUUUGAUAGAUGAAGUAGUGGUUCUAGUCGUAAUCUCUGUUUAACAAAGUUGAGAGUGGCUCUGCGUGCUAGAACUCGUAAACGGGUCAGCUGCUGUCACCCCAUUUCUUUGCACUGUGCCCAGGAGACAGGCUCCCAACAGGCCGCUCUGAGGCUGACAUUAUUUGGCAGACGGAGUCACUGAAGUCCCAGGAAUUUAGGGUUGCGUGGGUGGGACCUAGGACAAGGUGGUGGUGGGGUGGACAGGUGGACGAGGCUCAGGGCCCAGCCCACCCCCAAACUUAAUCAGAGCAGUUCAGUGUUUAUCUGUUUUCAUAUAGCAGCUGUGUGGCCUCAGGCCACAACAAUUAAUGAGAAGUUUCUGUGUGCCACGUGCCGUUCUAAGGUCUGUAGGUGUGUUAGUCAUUUAAUAAUCUCACAACCUAGGAGGUAGACAGAACUAUCCCAUGUUAGAGAUGAGGAAACUGAGAGCUUAGGGAAUUUGCUCAAGGUCAUAGAGGCAGUGGCAGAGCCAGGAUGCAGAGCUGGGCAGUUUGAUUCAGAGCCCAUGCUCUUUGUCUCUGCCGCCUCCCACCCGAUAUGGGGUUGCUUGCUCUCUCGUUUUCUCUCUCUUCCUCUCCCUCUCUUUAUCUCUCGUGUUGGUCUCUCCACUUCCUGUCUGGCUCUCUCCAGUUCAUUCUCCACAGGGCAUCUUGGGUGAUCAUGAAGUACAAAUCUUAUCAUGUUGGCCCCCUGCUUAGAAACCUCCCAUGGCUCCCCAUUCCUCUUAGGAUAAAGGCCCGUGUCCUCAUCCUGCACCCCUCCCAUCUCAUCUCGGGCCUGUCUCCUGUCUGUUCUCUGCUGUGAGUCAUUCUGGUCUUGGUUCGGGUCCUCAGAUGCUCUGUACUCUCUCCUGCUCUGGGGUCUUUGCACACAUGGUUCCUCUGCUUGGACAGCCCCUCACUGCCCGCCCCCCCUUCCUGGGUAACUCCUGUUCAUCCUUCAGAACUUCACUCCAGUGUCUCUUCUGUGGAGAAGCCUCACCUACUGUCUGAGAACGUAUCAAGCCCCCAGGUGAUGUCUUCUCACAGCUUGCCAUGACUUUUUUCUCUUUAUGAUAAACGGCAUUUAUUGUAGUCUGUGAUGAUUUAUUUGUGGGAUUAUUUGAUUAAUAUUUGCCUUUAACGGUAGACUGUAAGUUCCUUGGUUAAGGAGCUUCUUUGUCUUGUUAACAGCAUAUUUCUGCACGUUGUCUGGUUUGUAGUAAGUGCUCAAUAAAUGUUUGGAGGAUGA